AUGGAUAGUAGGUGCUACGGCUGCGCAGCCAAGUUCACACUCUUCAAGAAGGAGUGCGGGUGUAAAAACUGUGGCCGGGCCUUCUGUUCUGGCUGCCUCAGCUUCAGUGCAGCAGUGCCCCGGGCUGGAAACACUCAGCACAAAGUCUGCAAGCAGUGCCAUGAGGUCCUGACUAGAGGGUCUACUUCAGCCAGCACCUCCAAGUGGUCACCACCCCAGAACUAUAAGAAGCGCAUGGCAGCUUUAGAAGCUAAGCAGAAGCCUGGCACUCCCCGAAGCCAGGGACUGACCCAACAAGACCAGGUCAUUGCCGAGCGCCUGGCAAGACUCCGCCAGGAGAACAAGCCCAAGAUGGUAGCCUCACAGGCAGAGAUAGAAGCCCGGCUGGCUGCGCUUAGGGAUGACCCCCAGCGUUCCAUCCCUUCUACCCAGGAGAUGGAGGCACGGCUUGCCACAUUGCAGGGCAGAGCUCCACCUUCUCAGACACCCCAGCUGGUGCAUCAGACACCAGACACCAGGACCCACAUCCAGCAGGCGCAGGAUCUGCUGACACAGCUGGCAGCUGAGGUGGCUAUUGAUGAGAGCUUGGAACGGAGAGGCCCCGCUGCCUCUAUCCAGAAUGACCUCAACCAGGGUGGCUCAGGAGGCCAGGGUGCCAAUCCUACAGAGCAGGCUGCCUGGUCUGUGGAGGAGGAGAAGAGCAGGCUGCUGGCCAGGGCAGCAGUUGAGCUGAGGGAGGAGAACACGAGGCAGGAGAAGAUCCUGGCUCUCGCCAAGCGGCUGGCCGUGCUGCGGGGGCAGGACCCUGAUGGAGUGACCCUCCAGGACUAUCGCCUCCCAGACAGUGAUGAUGAUGAAGAUGAGGAGACAGCCAUCCAGAGAGUUAUGCAGCAGCUAACUGAAGAAGCUGCCCUGGAUGAAGCAAGUGGCUUUAACAUUCCUGCAGAGCCAGCCAGCCAACCCCAGGCCCAGCCACACAAGGCAGAGCCUGAGGCCCCCAAGCCUGAGACAGAGAUAGAGGAGCUCCCCUGGUGCUGCAUCUGCAAUGAGGAUGCCUCCCUGCGUUGUACUGGCUGUGACGGAGACCUCUACUGUGCCCGCUGCUUCAGGGAAGGCCACGAUGCCUUUGAGCUUAAAGAGCACCAGACAUCUGCUUAUCACCCACCACGAGCAAGCCGAGAACACUGA